CUUACGUACCGGAAGCAGUCAGGUGGGAUGCCGGAAAUUCCUUUUGUUGAGUGUCGGAUAUUUAUGUUUCGGCCUGUUUUUAGAACACUCGAGUAAUUGUUUUGUCUGUUCUCUAGUCUUGCAUAAUUUGCUGGCGUUUGGCGUUUUAGGAGCAGAGAUAUUAUUUGUGCUGGGCCUGAAGGGUUCAUAUAGAUACCGAAGUAGUGACUUAAUUAAAGUCGGGCCCUAAGCUGGGCUAACUUUAGCCUAGCAUUUACCGAAGAGCUGCUAGCUAGUCUUAGCUUGUGUUAGCUGUCACUCCGGCUUCCUUUAAAGUCAGCUGUUUUCUCAUUUGAGUCAUUAAUAAGAACGGCUAAGAGAAACCCUCAAAAACCAUGGCCGUUGUCAACGAAGGUGCCCUGAAGAAAAUGCUGAAGCAAUACAAGUACAGAGAUCUGACUGUUCGUGAGAUAACCAACGUCAUCUCCCAGUACAAGGACUUGAAACCUGUUAUGGACGCCUAUGUGUUUAAUGAUGGCUCAACAAGAGACCUGAUGAGCUUGACAGGAACUGUCCCAGUGAGCUACAGAGGCAAUGUCUACAACAUCCCAGUGUGUCUGUGGUUGCUGGACACAUAUCCCUACAACCCUCCCAUAUGUUUUGUCAAACCUACCAGUGCCAUGAUGAUCAAAACUGGCAAGCACAUCGAUGCCAAUGGAAAGAUCUACCUGCCUUAUCUACACGAGUGGAAGCAUCCUCAGUCAGACCUGUAUGGUCUGAUUCAGGUGAUGAUUGUGGUGUUUGGAGAGGAGCCUCCUGUGUUUUCUCGUCCCACCACACAAGCCCCUUACCAAGCCUUCCAAGCAGCUGGACCCCCUAAUCCUUCCUACAUGCCUGGCAUGCCUGCAGUUUCAUCCUAUGGUCCGAGUCCCAACCCAGGAGGCUAUCCAGGAUACCAGUACCAAGGAGGUAACUCUUACCCAGCCACUCCUGGACCUGCACACUACCCCACCCAGACUCCAGUUUCCACAGUGGGCCAGAGCAGAGAUGGUACCAUUGGUGAGGACACCAUUCGCGCAUCUCUGAUUUCUGCUGUGAGUGACAAGCUUCGCUGGAGGAUGAAGGAGGAGAUGGACAGAGCUCAGGCAGAGCUGGACGCCCUGAAGAGAACAGAAGAGGACCUGAAGAAAGGACAUCAGAAACUUGAGGAGAUGGUCUCAAGACUGGAUCAGGAAGUGACUGAAGUUGACAGGAAUAUUGAGCUACUGAAGAAAAAGGACGAGGAGCUGAGUGAAGCCUUGGAGAAGAUGGAGAACCAGUCAGAGAACAAUGACAUUGAUGACGUCAUUGUGCCCACAGCUCCACUCUACAAACAGAUCCUGAACCUGUAUGCUGAAGAAAACGCAAUUGAGGACACUAUCUUCUACCUUGGAGAGGCCCUGCGCAGGGGUGUCAUAGAUCUGGAGGUUUUUCUCAAGCAUGUACGCCUUCUGUCCAGGAAGCAGUUCCAGCUUCGUGCCCUCAUGCAGAAAGCCCGCAAGACUGCCGGUCUUAGUGACCUCUACUGACCUACACCGGGUACCUGGAUUCAUUCACAUCUUCUUGCUCUCCUCCUUUACACUGUUCACCCUCUCUUUCAUUCCCUUUUUCUUGUAGUUCAAAAUGCUGCCCUCAUUUUAAUCUCUAUAACUCUUAUGAGACAGAAACACCAACAGCAGGGAAUCAUGAAAAAUGCAACAUUGGACUGUCUUUUUCAGCACAGUGACAUUUCAAACUGUGGCCAAAGUUCUAAUAGGACCUCACUGGUAUUUUGAUCUCACAAAGUGCUUCCAUGAGAUCAUUAUGCAUUAACAGCCUUGACUCAUUUGCAAGACACGACAGCAUUACUUUUGUUCUCCGAAGUUCCCCAGACAACAAUCUCAAAAACAUGCUCAACACACAUGCCAUAUUGAUAAAAGCGAAGUGCGGGUCUGUUCUGUGUUGAGUGUUUGUGGUGUAACUGGGUUGAUGCACAGUGAGUUAGUGUGGUGACCUGUAUAUGUUGCACUACAGGGUAGCCCACAGUUUCUGUUAGAAAUCCCUUUGCCAGACAAAGUCAUUUGGCUAGUAAGCACAAAUUGUCAGGGGCCAGUAGAAAGAGGCUUUGUAGCGAGACACAUAUGCCCACGCUCUUCAUAAUGAAAAGGUUAGGCUCUGAUAUAAAUACCCAGAGCAGCCUUUCAGGAAGAACCGGGGUCAGCCUCAGGAUUUAAUGCUGUAUGAGGGCUGGGUCAUGUUCAGUAGCCAUGGAGUCCAAGUGAUCGCUUUUCAUGCAGGAGAUGAUGAACAUGGACCUGAACUGUGUUUCUACACUGUCUGUUAAUGAGCUAAACUAUGAGCUCCUGUGCCCACCUGUCCUCACUUUUAUUUGUUUUGCUCCAUUAAGCGUGUCUUUUUCCAAUGGUGCGAGUGAGGUUCUUACAUUGUAUGUCAGCUGCUCAGGUCUACCCUCCAGUCUGACUACAUGAACCAGUCUGUCACAUCCAUUGGUUGGUAUCCUCUGUAAAGUGUCUCUGUUUGACGUGGGCGAUAGUCUUGAUGUACUUUAUUCAAAGGUAUUACAAAAGAAAUUCUUAAAUUCUUUUCUGAACUUUUCUUUGUGCUGUCCACUCAUUCUCAGUCCUGCUGAGAUAGGUUUAGGUUUUCAGUAAAAUAUAAGGAAAAAGUUGUGAAGAAAGAUGGAGCAUACAAGGGUACAAAGAAUAAAGAACUAUUGUACUAAUCAAGAAGUUAACUUAUGUAAAAACAGGUCUCAUUUAAAUCAGCUUUUUACUAAAUGCACUUUGACAUGUAUGAUAGAGUAUCUACUGUUAUUUUUUCGUUUCGAAUUCAACCAUAGACCACCUUGUUGUUUUAUAUCUUUAGAUUUAUGUAAAUCAGUACAAAUUAAAGAAAUUUGAUUUAAGGA